CGAUGUACGUCAUUUUAGUGCGCCAAAACAUUGGGACAGUUGGGUAACGUGUUGAACGUCUGUGCUUCAGCUGAGCAUAAUGUCCCUUUUACGUUUCUGUUCUUUUAACAACAAAUGUUUGAUAAAGAAUAGACUGCUUUUAGAGUCGAUGGUUACAGCUUGCUCAAGGACAGCAGGCUACACAGCCAGAGAGGAUAAGAAGCCCCUCCGCAAGGCAAAGACACCUCAGGGGAAGUUCGACACGGAUGAUAAGGACACAAAAACUACAGACGCCUUUGAAAAAUUUCCAGAUGAUGUGAAUCCAUACACAAAAGAAAAAGGCGGCCCGACAGGCCCUGAGCCAACACGAUAUGGAGACUGGGAGAGAAAAGGACGCUGUAUUGACUUUUAGGUGAAUGUUAACAUGUGUGCAUUCCUCUAGGUGUGUCGAUAUCAUUGAAUGUGUGUUUUUUCGUGCAAACGGUCCGUGUAAUACAUUUUUGGGAAGAUGACGAAAUUUAUUCAUUAUGACAGAUGCUGCAUUUACUGGUGUAACCUGUGUAGUAGCACUUUGGUUUAUUUUUGUUAAAAAAGUAUUUUUGCUUAAAAAGUGUGUGGGACAAACCCAUUACAUCUAUGUAAAACAUGAAUGUCAGUAAGAAGGAAUUGAAAAUAUACCUGAAUAAAGCUGAGUGGGUUUCAA